ACCUCCACCCAACGCCUCUCUCUCUCUCUCUCUCUCUCUCUCUCUCGUAGACAGACACUUGGAGAUUUGGGUUAAUGGCGAAGAGCGGCAAUGGGAAGCUAGGCAAGCUGAGAUGCAUGAUAAAGCGUUGGCAUUCAUCGAGCAGGAUCACGAGCUCCGCGGCCGGGGGGAGAGGCUGCGGCGGCCAGUCGUCGAGGCCGCAGGAGGACGAGGCGUGGCGGUCGGCGUCGUUCAACGGAGACGCAGUCCCGCCCGGGCUCCACGCGGUGUACGUCGGCAAGACCCGGCGGCGGUACCUCGUCAGGUCCGACCUCGUCGACCACCCGCUCUUCCGCGUUCUGGUCGCGAGGACCGGAGGGUCAGUUGGCGGCAGCACCGGCGACGGGACGGUGGUGGGCUGUGAGGUGGUGCUCUUCGACCACCUUCUGUGGAUGCUGGAGAACGCCGACCCCCCGCCGGACUCACUGGACGAGCUGGUGGACUUCUACUCCUGCUGAAGACACAUUAGAUUCAAAGCUAAAUUAUCAGAUCUUGUUCAUCUCCCAAUCGCCUUAACAGAAUAAUUCUGACAUCUUAGCGCAAUCUGUUCCUGUUUGUGUGCUUAUCAAUCUCAGAUUUGUAAGCUUCUUGCUCGACCAAGAACAGACGAUGAAUCCACAGGAGACUUCAUGAUCA